CGGAAGUGACGCAAUUUGUGAAUAUCAAUGUACUUUUCUGUCUUCCGCUUAACUGGCGAUUUUAUCAGAAUUGGUCCUGGUACGUAAAACCACUUUUGGCUUCAUUUGCAAGGCGACCGAACGCGGUCUGGAAGGUAAGUAAAGGCCGCAGUACUUGGUGGGAAGGGAUAUGCCAACGAUAAGGCAUAUUAGUUUGUUAACGAGCCCCAGACGGCCUUGUUUACAUGAUAAUCCCCGGGCUAGAGUGUGUGAGAGAGAGGUGGCGGCUGGGGGUGUCAGCGACUCGUUAUGCAUCAGCUGUGGUGAAUUCCGGGGUGGAACAAUGGAACAGCUGUUUUUUUUACUUCGCCUAUGUCUAUGAUAGCGUAUUUUAUGGAUGAUUAAAAUAAUUAUUUGGAAAACUGCUCUGUGUGUUAACCUCUACUUUAUUACUAGGUAGUUAUGUUGUUAACUAACGUUAGCUAGCUAAACCGUCCUUAACUCUGGGAAAUUGGCUAGGCCAGUUUUAUUGAAGCCCAGCCAUGAGCCAGUCAUGUUUGUGUAUUCGGCCAGAACCGACUUCAUUUGAUUUAUUCCACUGUAAUCACCUAGCUACGUCUAUGAUAUCAUGUAUGUAUGUCACCCUGCAUAAGUGUCUAUUUAUAGCAUGGAGGGAAUGCGAACAAGCGUCUGGCACUGACCUGGGGCCAGGUCGAUAUUGCAAGUCACAUAUUAAACUCCUGGCUGCCUACUGUGGUGAUCCAUGGCAUUAUGUUCAUGCCACAAAGUCCAUCACAAACCGUAGAACAGGAGCAGAUUUCCGAAAUAGACCGACAAUCACGUCACCUCCCACUACGUGGAGGUAUUUUAUUUAUUUAGAAUGCGAUACUUUAGUUGGCUGAAUAAUCACGGUUUUCUUAUUAUGACUAGCUAGUCUGUGUGUAUGUCACGCGGCUGCUCCUGUGCCUACUGUCCUAACGCCUUGUCAGGACGGGAAAACAUCGUCACGUAAUCCUUUAAACCGCUGCAUUAAGCCGCUACCCGUGCUUUGUAUCCCACACGUGUUUACAUACUGUUUGUCUAAUGUACAAGAAAGUCCCAGGGGUAAUGGGAGGUAUUUGUGCUUUUCCGAUCUUUCUGAAGCCUUGGUUGGAGAAGUUUUGGUGGCUCUCUAAUCAGUGAAUCACACAAGUGGCAGGGUGUUAGAGCAGACUUUUCUGUCUUGUCUUGUGCAGGGAGAGACCUUGACUUUAUGGAGUACUGUAGUUCCAUUGACCUCCUGAGUACAGAAGAUUCAGACGAAUGAACAUCACACCUGGCAAGCCAACUUGUGUCCCUGACCCAGUGUUCUUCUUUAUCAUACAACUUAUCAUUAUAAAUCUCCUCAAACACUCAACCAUUAUCAAGUAUUUUUUCUCGAGCUGAACCAUUAUCUUUAUUUCCCACCCUCCCCUUUCAUCCCUCACUCCUAUCCUCCAGUUCUUCGUCUCCUUUCAGACCAUCCACCUCGACAGUUCCUCAUGAAAGACGGGGAGUGUAACUUCUUCUGCUUCUUCCGCUGCUGCUGAGCGGUGUUCGGCUAGUUUGUGGAGCAGUUUUCUCUGGGAGCUGUAGUUCCCCAGGUGCCGGUGGAGCUGACGGCCAGAGAGCUGUCAGUCAGUCCCAGAGAGAGAGAGAGGGCGUCUCUGCCGUGGAAUGUCUGUGGACAUGAACAGCCAGGCCUCCGACAGCAAUGAGGACGACUUCGGGGUCAACUCUGAGGAUGAGGAUGACGACGGGGGUGACGAGGACGACCAGGGGGACAUAGCCGACUACUACGACGGCGUGGCCGGGGACAUGGAGCAGCAGGGGGCCGACUCGUUCGACCCAGAGGAGUACCAGUUCACCUGCCUCACCUACAGGGAGAGCCAGAAGGUGCUCUGCGAGGAGGUCAACAGUAUCGCCGCCAUCCUGAAGGUUUGUGUUGGGCUAGUCUGAGGGGUAAUUGAGGUAGAUGUUGUCAUUAACCCCAUAUGUAGGAUCAAAUUACCAUACCCUCAAUCUUAACCGUAGUGAUUAGGGGUGUGCAAAUAUCUGACCCUGGGUUGGGGGCCAGGUAUUCAUUCUCAUGGGGAGGGGUGUGCUUUAACCUAAAUUGAAUGGGGAACUGUAAUAUCAGGCCAUAUCAGUGGCAUGGUCACAUGACAUCUAGGUAUCUGAGGUGCCUAUCUUUUCUGUCUCAGUAGUUAUCAGUUUAAAGAAGUAAUCAAUGGAAGUACUUGAAGAUAAGGGUUGGCUGCUGACUCCUGAGAACAGCUGUAUUGAUAAGCUUGAUUCUCCUGAUGCUUAUGCUUCUCUCUUUGGACAGGUUUUACCUGCUGUAGCCAAACUGGUCCUUGUGCACUUUCACUGGCAAGUGUCACAAAUACUGGACAGGUAUACACAAACUAGUUCAGUCAUACUCACUCACUUGUAUUUUCAUACACAUGCAAUGCAAAUAUUCAGAUAAACUGGUUCAUAUUUAAUUUCUGGUGGCCUUGUUUUGUCUUUUUAGAUACAAGUCCAACUCAUCUCAGUUGCUGUCUGAGGCCCAGGUCCAGCCCAGCAGCACCUGCAGAUCAGUUCCUGUAAGUACUAAGAGUGCUCUUUUGUGUGGAGUGUGUUCAUAAUGUAUUUGGGUAAAGUUAAAGGUGGUGUCUGGAAAGGUACUGGGACUCUAUGUUCCAGUUGUGUAGGUGGUCUGAACUGCUCUGUGGGCCACCAACUAAAGGCUCACUGACCAGAUAUGGCCCUUGGGCCGCCAUUUGAGUAUCACUGAUGUGUAAUGUUUUCUUUGGGUCCCCAGACCCCUCAGUCCCUCCAGUGUGGCGUGUGUCUGCAGCUGGUUCGGAGGGAUGCCCUGCUCGCGCUGCCCUGUCAGCACUCCUUCUGCAAAGGAUGCUGGGAGCAGCAUUGCACUGUACUCGUCAAAGAUGGGAUGGGAGUGGGUAAGCAGCACUGCUAGGGCUGAUACGACCUGUCAGAGUGUGUCCAGAAGUCAGCAGCUUGUUGUUCCUUUGAAGAUAGUGAGAUGAUAGGCUUUGAAGAUGACCCCUGGUGAGAUAAUUAUUUACCAGUAUUUGAUAGCCUUUACGUGCAAUCAUAUUCCGAUGUCUGUGUACCUUGGAUGUUUUUAUAUUGAAUUUGUCUUGUUAAAUAAAAAUGUGUAUUUGAAAUGCAUGUUCCUCCAGAUAUAGUUUUUUAUGCUCAGGGUGUAUGCAUGAACUUCAAACAUUUUAAAUGGCGUGUCUUUCUGUGUCUGUGUGUGCAGGUAUCUCAUGUAUGGCUCAGGACUGUUCCCUCCAAAUGCCAGAGGACUUUGUGCUCCCGCUGCUGCCUGGUGAGGAGCUGAAGGACAAAUAUAGACGCUACCUCUUCAGGGACUAUGUGGAGGUACGAGUCUCAGCCUGUCCCUCUGGUGGUCUGUCUGGCUGGCUGCUUCCAACUGUCUGUCUGCCCUCUUUCUAUUGGUCUGUUCCACUUUGCCUUUCUGUCUCUCCUGCAGCUUUUGUUCUUGAACAACAAAUUGUGAAAAAUCGCACUGUCAGCAUACACUGUUAAUAAUAUAUAUUUUUUUUUUAUCAACCUCUUAAUUUCUGUCUUUCAGCCAGUGUGUGCAUGUUUGUCUGGACCUGUCUAGCAACUGAAGGUGUCUGUAGCAGUCAGUAAGGCCCAGUCUCUGUAGCAGUCAGUAAGGCCCAGUCUCUGUAGCAGUCAGUAAGGCCCAGUCUCUGUAGCAGUCAGUAAGGCCCAGUCUCUGUAGCAGUCAGUAAGGCCCAGUCUCUGUAGCAGUCAGUAAGGCCCAGUCUCUGUAGCAGUCAGUAAUGCCCAGUCUCUGUGCAGUCAGUAAGGCCCAGUCUCUGUAGCUGUCAGUAAGGCCCAGUCUCUGUAGCUGUCAGUAAGGCCCAGUCUCUGUAGCUGUCAGUAAGGCCCAGUCUCUGUAGCUGUCAGUAAUAUAAAUGAACCCAUCUGUAAAAAAAAAAAGAAGAAACAAAGGGUUAUGUCAGUCCAGCAAACCAGGCAACCAAAAGUAGCUACCAAACAGUGUUUUGAUUUGUUGCUAGCUUGUUAGCUGGCUAGCUAGCUAAAUUAUGACCCGAACAAAUCAGGCUUUUUGACUGAGGCUGACUUUUGUUCAUUCAAAAAAUGAACACGUUACAAGAUAAUUAUUUACAAGGCAAUGGUGAGUUAAAAAUAGCCAAUUUAUGUUUGUGAAUGUGAUGGGAAAAAAAGCAGUGCAUUCUUUGAGAGAAAUUUAGAACUUCUAGAAGCUGUCAAAGGUGAACAUUUUUCAAGUCUCUGCGACAAGAAAAACGACAGUCGCAUCAGCGGACUUCAGACAGUCGGCCUGAGUAUAAAUUAAGUUUAGUUCUGACCAAUGACACUUGAUGCAUUUGAAUGGUCUACAGACAUGUCGAUAGACAGACUAUAAACCAGCCUUCUCUCUCUUCAGAGCCACUUCCAGUUGCAGCUGUGUCCAGGGGCAGACUGCCCCAUCGUCAUCCAAGUGCAGGAGCCACGGGCCCGCAGAGUACAGUGCAGCCGCUGCAAUGAGGUCUUCUGGUGAGACACAGAUGCCAGCACAUACAACUCUUACACACAGAUCAGUCCACAAGUUGUUUGAUGAAUGUGUAUCAUGUCAGAUAAACAUAUGAUCAUAUCAUUGACUCCCUGCGGAUGCCCUUUCUACUAUUUCUCUCUACCCUCUCAGUUUCAAAUGCCGGGCCAUGUACCACGCCCCAACAGACUGCCCAACCGUCCGAAGGUGGCUGACCAAAUGUGCAGAUGAUUCAGAGACAGCCAACUACAUCAGUGCACACACUAAAGAUGUAAGACAGGCCACACACGCACACAAAAUGAAAUGCAAUUAUGUGUGGUUUUCCAAUAUUCUCCUUUGCUUUUGUCCAUAAUGUCGAAUAAUGUGUUUUUCAGUGUCCUAAGUGCAAUAUCUGCAUUGAGAAGAAUGGAGGCUGCAACCACAUGGUGAGUGGUAAUGGAAUCCAGCAUCAUCUCAGAGUUGCGCCAACUGUCAGCACAUUGUCAUUUGCGUUAGUGUUCUCUAAAUCUCUGGAGCUUUUAUGUGAAUGUCUGCCUUUACAUGUUCUUUAUUAUUGUCUGACAUUGCGUUUCCUCACUGUUUCAGCAAUGCUCCAAGUGCAAACACGGUAUUUAUCCAAUUAUACUGCUUCUUACAGCUUAACACCGAAUUAGCUUUUCUACCUAUCAAUUUUUCAGACGUUCUAAUGAUUUAACGGACUCGAGCCAAAUGCGACCCAUUUGACAUUGAGAUCAUAUUGUUUUUCCGUUAAUGUCAUCAUCACUGUGUGUGUGUGUGUGUAGACUUCUGCUGGAUGUGUCUGGGGGACUGGAAGACCCAUGGCAGUGAGUACUAUGAGUGCAGUCGCUACAAGGAGAACCCAGACAUCGUCAACCAGAGCCAGCAGGCACAGGCCAGAGAGGCCCUGAAGAAAUACCUCUUCUACUUUGAGAGGGUGAGAAGAAUACAAACACUAACAUGCUACCAUCACUGACGGGUACAUAUGACAAUCAAACCUCUGCUCACACUUUGAGUAUUAUAUGGAAUUAAGUUAACCUUUCUGAAGUAUUAAGCUGUGUGUAAUGUGAAUAGAUGACAUGAACUACAUCAAAUACCUGUGCGUUGCCAGAGUAACUGUCAAUCAGGUGGCCUGUGGUUUGUCUACCACUUAGCGCCACCACCUUCAGCACAUGUAAUGUCAACCAGCGCCAUACAUUUAAAAUAUAUAGAAAAUAAUUAUAUUAAUACAUACUGUGCACUUUCAAGGAUAGUACAUAUGUUCCUCAGUCACACAUACUUCCACAGAAGUAGUCUGCACAUUAUCUCUGGUACUUUUAGAUUAUGGGAACUCAGUCUCACAUACAUGUUCAAUAACAACUCUGUGAGUGUUACAAGCAACAACACCAUGUCAAAUUAACACUGAGAUCCUUCUCAGAAUCACCCAGAACAUGCUGUAAGUAUGUGAGUUUCUUGAAGGUGUGUCUGUGAUGUUUUCUUACUGUUUCUCCAGUCCAGACUGUGACUGUGUGUUUGUGUGUCUUUAGUGGGAGAACCACAAUAAGAGUCUCCAGCUUGAGGCGCAGACAUACCAGCGGAUCCAGGAGAAGAUCCAGGAGCGGGUGAUGAACAACCUGGGCACCUGGAUAGACUGGCAGUACAUGCAGAACGCUGCCAAGCUCCUGGCCAAGGUACUACGGCUCCUCCCUGGCUCACAGUCACAUACAAAGGACCAAACACACACAUUAACACAGGAAUAUACAGUGAGGAGAACAAGUAUUUGAUACACUGCCGAUUUUGCAGGUUUUCCUACUUACAAAGCAUGUAGAGGUCUGUAAUUUUUAUCAUAGGUACACUUCAACUGUGAGAGACGGAAUCUAAAACAAAAAUCCAGAAAAUCACAUUGUAUGAUUUUUAAGUAAUUCAUUUGCAUUUUAUUGCAUGACAUAAGUAUUUGAUCACCUACCAACCAGUAAGAAUUCCGCUCUCACAGACCUGUUAGUUUUUCUUUAAGAAGCCCUCCUGUUCUCCACUCAUUACCUGUAUUAACUGCACCUGUUUGAACUCGUUACCUGUAUAAAAGACACCUGUCCACACACUCCAUCAAACAGACUCCAACCUCUCCACAAUGGCCAAGACCUGAGAGCUGUGUAAGGACAUCAGGGAUAAAAUUGUAGACCUGCACAAGGCUGGGAUGGGCUACAGGACAAUAGGCAAGCAGCUUGGUGAGAAGGCAACAACUGUUGGCGCAAUUAUUAGAAAAUGAAAGAAGUUCAAGAUGACGGUCAAUCACCCUCGGUCUGGGGCUCCAUGCAAGAUCUCACCUCAUGGGGCAUCAAUGAUCAUGAGGAAGGUGAGGGAUCAGCCCAGAACUACACGGCAGGACCUGGUCAAUGACCUGAAGAGAGCUGGGACCACAGUCUCAAAGAAAACCAUUAGUAACACACUACGCCGUCAUGGAUUAAAAUCCUGCAGCGCACGCAAGGUCCAACUGCUCAAGCCAGCGCAUGUCCAGGCCCAUCUGAAGUUUAGGGCGGCAGGUAGCUUAGUGGUUAAGAGCGUAGUGCCAGUAACCGAAAGGUCGCUGGUUCUAAUCCCCGAGCCGACUAGGUGAAAAAUCUGUCGAUGUGCCCUUGAGCAAGGCACUUAACCCUAAUUGCUCCUGUAAGUCGCUCUGGAUAAGAGCGUCUGCUAAAUGACAAAAAAAAUAAAUAAAAAAAAUUUAAUGGAAAAAAAUAUAUAUAAAAAAAAAUAAAAAAAAAGUUUGCCAAUGACCAUCUGGAUGAUCCAGAGGAGGAAUGGGAGAAGGUCAUGUGGUCUGAUGAGACAAAAAUAGAGAGCAUUUUGGUCUAAACUCCACUCGCCGUGUUUGGAGGAAGAAGAAGGAUGAGUACAACCCCAAGAACACCAUCCCAACCGUGAAGCAUGGAGGUGGAAACAUCAUUCUUUGGGGAUGCUUUUCUGCAAAGGGGACAGGACGACUGCACCGUAUUGAGGGGAGGAUGGAUGGGGCCAUGUAUCGCGAGAUCUUGGCCAACAACCUCCUUCCCUCAGUAAGAGCAUUGAAGAUGGGUCGUGGCUGGGUCUUCCAGCAUGACAACGACCCCAAACACACAGCCAGGGCAACUAAGGAGUGGCUCCGUAAGAAGCAUCUCAAGGUCCUGGAGUGGCCUAGCCAGUCUCCAGACCUGAACCCAAUAGAAAAUCUUUGGAGGGAGCUGAAAGUCCGUAUUGCCCAGCGACAGCCCCGAAACCUGAAGGAUCUGGAGAAGGUCUGUAUGGAGGAGUGGGCCAAAAUCCCUGCUGCAGUGUGUGCAAACCUGGUCAAUACCUACAGGAAACGUAUGAUCUCUGUAAUUGCAAACAAAGGUUUCUGUACCAAAUAUUAAGUUCUGCUUUUCUGAUGUAUCAAAUACUUAUGUCAUGCAAUAAAAUGCAAAUUAAUUAAAAAUCAUACAAUGUGAUUUUCUGGAUUUUUGUUUUAGAUUCCGUCUCUCACAGUUGAAGUGUACCUAUUAUAAAAAUUACAGACUCAAAUACUUGUUCUCCCCACUGUAUAUAGGGCUUUUCACAAUACACAUUUAUUAUUGUUACUGAGAGGAGCCAAACCAAGUAUAUACCAUAUAUAUCCGAGCCGGCACAGUUUGGUUCAGGUCAGCAUAAUGGUGUGAAAGGGGUAUCUGUGUACUUAUUUGACUUACAGCACUACACUGUGCUCCUUAAACCAAUAGCAAGUCGUGCUGAUCUCUUAUCUGCCUGUCCCACAGUGUCGCUACACUCUGCAGUAUACUUACCCCUAUGCCUACUACAUGGAGUCUGGUCCUCGCAAAAAACUGGUGAGAAUUGUGUCUGUGUGCCUGUCUUGUUCUGUGUCUGUCUGUAGUAUGUCAUACUUGAGUAAAGGUAAAGAUGCCUUAAUAGAAAUUGACUCAAGUGAAAGUCACCCAGUAAAAUACUACUUGAGUAAACAUCUAAAAGUAUUUGGUUUUAAUAUACUUAAGGAGCAAAAGUCAAUAUAAUUGCUCAAAAUACUUAAGUAUCAAAAGUAAAAGUACAAAUAAUUUCAAAUUCCUUUAUAUUAAGCAAACCAGAUGGUGCCAUUUUCUAGUUUUUAUUUAUUUAUGGAAAUCCAGGGGCACACUCCAACACUUACAAAUGAAGCAUGUGUGUUUAGUGAGUCCGCUAGAUCAGAGGCAGUAGGGAUGACCAGGGUAUGUUCUCUUGAGAAGCUUGUGAAUUGUACCAUUUUCCUGUCCUGCAAAGCAUUCAAAAUGUAAUGAGUACUUUUGGGUGUCAGGGAAAAUGUAUGGAGUAAAAAGUACAUUAUUUUUUUUAGGAAUGUAGUCAAGUAAAAGUUGUCCAAAAUAUAAAUAGUAAAGUACAGAUACCCCCAAAAACGACUUAAGUAGUACUUUCAAGUAUUUUUACCACUGCAUUCUCUUAAUAUACACUGAACAAAAAUGUAACCGCAACAUGUAAAGUGUUGUUCCCAUGUUUCAGGAGCUGAAAUAAAAGAUCCCAGAAAUUGUCCAUAUGCACAAAAAGCUUAUUUCUCUCAAAUGUUGUGCACACAUUUGUUUACAUCCUUGUUAGUGAGCAUUUUUCCUUUUGCCAAGAUAAUCCAUCCACCUGACAGGUGUGGCAUAUCAAGAAGCUGAUUAAACAGCAUGAUCAUUACCCAGGUGCGCCUUGUGCUGGGGACAAUAAAAGGGUACUCUAAAACGUGCCGUUUUGACAAUCAACACAAUGCCACAGAUGUUUUGAGGAAGUGUACAAUUGGCAUGCUUACUGCAGGAAUGUCCACCCUAGCUGUUUCCAGAUAAUUGAAUGUUCAUUUCUCUACCAUAAGCCGCCUCCAACGUCGUUUUAGAGAAUUUGGUUGUACGUUCAACCAGCCUCACAACCGCAUACCACAUGUAUGGCGUCGUGUGGGCAAGCGGUUUGCUGAUGUCAACGUUGUGAACAGAGUGCCCCAUGGUGGGGUUAGGGUAUUUGCAGGCAUAAGCUACGGAAAGCAAACACAAUUGCAUUUUAUCGAUGGCAAUUUGAAUGCACAAAAAUACAGUGAUGAGAUCCAACAGAUGCAUAUCUGUAUUCCCAGUCAUGUGAAAUCCAUAGAUUAGAGCCUAAUGAAUUUAUUUCAAUUGACUGAUUUCCUCAUUUGAACUGCAACCCAGUAAAACCAAUGUUUUUGUUCAGUAUAUAAACUAGAUUUAAAUAGAUCUAGUCAAAUGCUAAAGAUCUAUACUAUAAUACCGUAAGCCACUUAACAGCGGGGGGAUGUCCCCUACAAUUUUGGCCAAUGGUGCAGUUUUAGAGGUGCUCCUCUUGGCUGCAGAGACCUUGUUUACUUUUUUUAAAUCUUUUUUUUAAGCUAGUUUCUUGCAAUUCUACACAUUUUUCCAUGGUUUAUGCCUUCUUAUGCUGUCUGAGUGACUCAAACUAAAUCAAUGGGGGCCCCAUGCCAUGACAUUUUUUUUUUUUGAAUUUCUGAUUCUCCCUGACUGUCUAGUUUUUAUUUUGGUGAUUCUUAGUUCUCGAAGAUGUUAUUAAAAAAUAUAUUGCUCCGUUAUCUUUUCUACAUGUUUUAGUCGUUUAAGUUUACACUGAAAAUGUUUAACCAUCCAGAAAAUAAUUCCCCCCCACCCCAAAACAUAAACAAUUUGAUGCAGUGACGGCCACAAUUUAGCAGUAACUGUGCGCCGCUGCUAAAUGAAUAUAGGGUAAACACUCAUCCAUGGCUCUGCACACUCAGUUAAAUUUGUAACCAAAUAAUUUUUCAGUAUUGUGCACACAGGGUGACAUUUUGCAUGAGCAGUGAACAAAAUACGUGAAAUGGCACAUUUCUUAUUAGCAGCAUAAAUGUGCUUUGCAAGGGGGUUAUUGAGUGAACGAUUCUAUGAUGGUUGCAGUCCACAAAUGAAAUUGAAUGAAAUUGAUCAGAUCUUUUUUACGGGGAGGGUGCUGCUAAUUGCUAAUAAUAAGUCAUAAGUAACAAAGAUGCUGUCUGUAAUGAACAAGUAGCCUAAUGAAUGCGUUUUUAUGUCAUAUUCAGUUUGAGUACCAGCAGGCCCAGCUGGAAGCGGAGAUUGAGAACCUGUCCUGGAAGGUGGAGCGAGCAGACAGCUACGGGAGCGAGGGGGAGCUGAGUGCUAAUGACAGAGGGGUAAGGAACAGGGGGAAGAUAUGAAGGGGGUUGGGGGGGGGGUACAUGGAUAUUGAAGUAUCCAGAUCAUGACUUCCAUUGGCUGGGAGCACAGGGGAGCUGAGUGGUAAUGGCACGCCUUGGGAAAUCACAAGGUCCCCAAAAGAUGUACGUCCCUAGGCAGUGUAUUAGUUUAUUAGACUCUUAUGUGAAGAAUUUAACUGCUUCCACUCACUCUCUGUCUCUUUCAGGAUCUGGAGAAUCAGAUGCACAUUGCUGAGCAGAGGAGACGCACGCUGCUGAAGGAUUUUCACGACACCUGAAGUCUCCAGCCUACUGCAAAGCACCAGAAGCUCCCUCCUUCCUCCCUCGUUCACCCCUCCCUCCUUCACUUUCCAUCCCUUUGUCUACAGAUCCCUCACACUCAUCCCUCCCUCAUUAAGCGCUCUCUUCUCUUUGUGUCUGCUACAGGGUCCCAGGAUGGCACGAUUGUAUCCCGUCCCUCCUCCCUUCCACCCUCCCCCCAUUUAGAUGUCAAGAACACCACAUUCAAACACACUACACCAUGAAAUGAGAAAGCAUGCGCACACACACAUAACAUGUUAACACAAACAUGCUCAAACACUCCGCAAAAAAAAACACAUUCUUAAUUUGCCUCCCACAUGAUCCCCCCCCAUCCCUCAACCCCUCUUUCUUUAUUUCUUUCAUCUCACAUUGUUCACCUUUUUCUGGAAAUUGAUAGUUAGUUCGAAAAAAGAAAAAAAAACAUUAAAAGAAGACAAAUGCUGUAAUUUUCAACAGUUGUACAUUAAUACAGAAAUAGUUACUGAGUUUUUAAACCAGA